AUGCCGCAAGACUUGAUAAACAGGCCUCCAUCAUCUGCUGCUGACCCUUUGACAGGUUUGCCUGGUCCAUCAUCUUCAAAAGGCAAGGGAAACGGUCUUCAUGCCAUAUCUCGUGGCUUAAAGAGUGUCAUCAACAAUAAUUUGGGUCAUGAAUUGUUCUUGAAAAGGUUGAAGGCUCUCCAGGAGACAACGCAUCAGGCCAUAGUUGGUCUUUCUAAAUGCUUGGGCAUCUUACAAGCACACAUUCUAAAUGGUCUUUUAUUCGAGUCGUCCUUCUCUAGCCUGGAUUUCCAACUGUUGGGUCUGGACGGCCACGGCAUCUUCCAAGAUGUGGAGCUUAUUGUUUCUCUGGAUGAUUUGAACGAGAAUGUACCAUGGUACUGUAACUACGAUGAAUUUUAUUGCAUAGUGACAAAAAUGCAGCCAUGCACUCUGACAUCUGCCGCAAGAGAUCACCAAGCAAGUACCGUGCUGACCUCAAGUUAUUCUCGAUAUGUUGCUUCCCAUGCAUCUAGCUCAAGACAGGUUCUUUGGACCAAAAAAGCAACGCAAAAGGAGGCUGCUGGUAACAAAUCCAAACAACUAAGGGUCGAUUUGAAGCACUAUAUGGACACACUGUUCUGGUCACUUUUGGAUAACAAGAACUCUGAUGUUAUCAAUCACUCGUCUCAAGCUCUCUUCCAGCGUAGCCAAAACAUGUCUACUAAAGCCCGCGUUGAUGGCGGUGAUGAGGCUGUUGAGGAAGAAGAUAUUGAGGAUGAGAUGGAGCAGUCAAAAUAA